AUGCUUAUAGGCCUUUCAGAGAUUCUCAACAUGCACUCUUGUCCCAAGAGCCUUACUGACUCCAGCUAUCUGCCACUAGCGCACAAUUCUAAUCAGACCUGCUUUGGCUCCGGGACCUCCAACCCAAUCUCAAUUUCCUCUGCUUCUGGCAGCUGCUCAACCUCGAAUAGUGUAUUACGAAGUCUUACAGGUGCAAUACGGGGCUCCCGAAUUGCCGAAGCCAUUGCAAACCAGACAGCUGGUGGAUUUUGCUCUAGCACUCGCCAAUCUCUACUACUUGGGCAAGCGCCUGUCCACCAUAGCGGCCAUUCGCCUCUCUCUACUUGCGUUUCGCCUACUCUUGCUACAGUCACUGCCUCUGUUGCUUCAUGCAAAAGUCCGCGAGGCAAUCAUGUAGCCUUGCCCACUUUGUCCUGGCGCAGUCAUAGCCAGCCACCUCCAGGCUCCAGCAAACUAAUUUGUGGGCUCCGGUUCUCUUCUACAGAGUCAUCUGGCCAGGUGCUUCCCUUACUCCCUUCAGAUUCAGUCUCACCCUCCGAUGAUGAAGAUCCAGAUCCAUCACAUAGUCCUGCAGGUGGUGGAUCUGUUUGUUCAACCAUGUCGCCGAUAUCUAUGACUGCAUCCGGAUUGAACAAUUCAGGCGGGGCUGCACGUCGCGAUUUGGCUGUUCCAAAGACGCGUUACUCUCGUUCAAACACCCGCGAAGGCCUUAGUAGCAGCAGCAGCAACAGUAGCCUUGGAGGGGGAUGGGUUGGAAGCGCUAGUGGAUCUGGAGCAGGUCGACGCCGCGGGCAUGGUCUUUCAGGUGCAAUAGGGGACUCACGUAACCAAGCAGCUACCGAGGGACAGUUUGGUUUGCUGCGCUCAGCUUCUCUUCGCUUGGACAAUUUACUCACUACACGCGAUGAGCCUGUCAUGCGCAACUCUUACGCUAGCCAGAUAGCAGAAGUGAAUACUUGUGGGUUCCUUCGUGGAAGCUCAACAGAGGCUUCACCGCGGCUAACUCGAGUGCGUGCCUUCUCUGGCAGACGGACGAAUGUAGAGACGACUGGGCUUAUCAGUUCGUCACGACCUGCUGCAGUUUUCACUGCUAUUUCGAAUACCACCCUUAGCACCGCAUCAGGAGGUAGAUUUAUCUCUUCAACAUUGACGGGUGAAUUACAGUCAACAACUACAGCGACCGUGGUGGCUCCUACUACAACGACUCUGGGCAGGCUACAUGAGACCCAACCUCUGGCAUCUCCUCGACUUGGCCCGUCCCCAGAAGGUCGUGAACAG